AUUAAAUGACCCAGGGAAUAGAUAGGACAUCACAAAAACAUAUAACAUUCAAAAUGGGUGAACCUUUCCUUUUAACAUCUGAGGAGCUACAUGGAUUACUGACUCGUGCAGUCCCACCCUAUAUAUAUAAAUUGUUGUUUUUUUGGGAGGGGGGGGUAAAUUCUUUCGUAGUUUGUGUUUUAAUGUUAAUUUUCUUUUCCCCGUAGUUUUAUUUUGUGAAUUUAAUCCCCAUCCAGUUAGAGGCGACAAACAUUUUUGCAUGUAGCUCGCCAAUAAAUCCAACGAAGAAGACUAAUAAUAAUAAUAAUAAUAAGAAGAAGAUGAUCAAAGAUUUUAUAACGAAACCAAGAUACACCACAGCUUGUCGUUUCCAAUGGGAACGAAUUAGUCAUAGUGGACAGAACAAGCAAGGAGGUGGGCAGGGCCAUGCACGCGUUAGCGAUAACCUAUUGGCGCGUUGUAGUCUCCAUAUUUCGUUAGUGAACGCCUACUAUGAAUUCCCUUGUGCAGUAACUCAAUUCGGAUUUGCACUCCCAAACAGCGAAAUUUUAAAAUAAGCAAAGAAUAACACUACAUAACAAGUGUAUUGAGAUCAAAUGUUUCAUCGAUGCGGCCAAAAUCCAUCUCAUUCCCUCUUCUCCCACGACGCGCCAGUUAGGCACCUCUCACUACCAUAUUUGCUUGUGAGUGGAAACGCCAACCGGUUGCUUCACAUUUAUACAUCCAGUGAAUAUCUGUCUUGUUGUUCUAUCUUUGACAUGAUGACGCGGAGCAGGAAGUGUGUGUUGUUUUGAUUGACGGAAUAUGGUUGAAUAACGAUGAACUGAGACAAAAUUGUUGAUUUAUUUAAAACAAAAAUACAUUUCUCUUUGCUUUGAAGAGGCUGAAUGUAUCUCACCGGGAAAAAAAAGCAUCCGAGCAAACUAAACAGCGAACAUCUGUCUCCCUACGUGUGUGCCAUCUAUCGGAUGCUGUCUGGUCUAAACGAGUAUGACAUUGUUGCUUCCCAUACUCGAUUGGAAUGCAACGGAAGCCAGCGAGCAUUUGGCCUCCCUUGAUCAGUCAAUUUUUUAUAUAUUUUUUUUAUCAGCGUUAAUUAAGCUAAACUGAGCCAGUUCAACUAUGAAUGGUCCUGGCUCACCCCAAAAAAGUGUCAAGGAAAGCCAGCUUGGAUUUUGGCAUCCCUCACAUCAAAUCGCAUUGAGAUCAUUCAUCAUUGACAGAACAACUUGAAUUGUUGCAUCCCGUUGUGUUGUAGCCCUUUGGUGGCUAGAUUGCUUGCUAAAAUGGGCCCUUUCCUAAAUUAUCCAUGGAUGGAGAUAGGGAGUUGGUCUUGUGGUUUUACUUAAUUCUCCAUAUUAGACAAUGAUUAUAAUGACGAUUCUGAUUAAACCAUUAAUUCAUGCAUUGUUGUGCCCUGGCCGGAGAGCAUGGACAUUCAGCAUGUAACAGGCUAAUGUUAACCAGCUAAAGUUGUCCAUGAAUGGAAUUAGGCUUGCAAGUAAGCAUUUUAGCCAGGUAGCCUAGGACAACAAAAAAAUAAACACGUGUACUGUAUGACUGAGUGAUAGACUGUUUCGUCAACAUGAAAGAAAGGAGGAUGGCAUUGGCGUUUCUCUACAAGUAGGGUGCAUGGUUGCUCUACAUGUGAAACGCCUGUAUGAGUGACGCACACAACCACAGCACUCCACCAUCAUGGGCCAGCGAAGGAGGGGGGCGGCUGCCCAUGCUCCCCCAGCAAACAGACACCAUGAUGGGCUCACAGUAGCUCCCCAGGCCCCAACCAGGAAACACAACAUUUGCAUGGUGUCAGACUUCUUCUACCCCAAUAUGGGAGGGGUGGAGAGCCACAUCUACCAGCUAUCCCAGUGUCUGAUCGAGAAGGGCCACAAGGUGGUGAUCGCCACCCACACCUACGGCUGCAGGAAGGGGGUCCGCUACCUGACCAAUGGGCUCAAGGUCUACUACCUGCCCCUGCAGGUGAUGUACAACCAGUCCACCGUCACCACCUGCUUCCACAGCCUGCCACUUCUGCGCUGUGUGUUCGUCAGGGAACGCAUCACCGUGGUGCACGCCCACAGCUCCUUCUCCGCUAUGGGACACGAUGCACUGUUCCACGCCAAGACCAUGGGCCUCAACACGGUGUUCACUGACCACUCCCUCUUUGGUUUUGCUGACGUCAGCUCGGUGCUGACCAAUAAGCUGCUGGCUGUGUCUCUGUGCGAUACCAAUCACAUUGUGUGCGUGUCAUACACCAGUAAGGAGAACACAGUGCUCAGGGCAGGCCUCGACCCCGAGAUUGUUUCUGUCAUCCCCAAUGCCGUCGACCCCAGAGACUUCACCCCCGACCCCUCCCAACGGCAUGACGACAGGAUCACCAUCGUUGUGAUCAGCCGUCUCGUCUACCGCAAAGGAAUAGAUCUUCUGGGAAGGAUCAUCCCAGAGCUCUGUCUGAAACAUCCAGAUGUACAUUUCUUGAUUGGUGGAGAGGGACCAAAGAGAAUCGUGUUGGAGGAAGUGAGAGAGAAAUACCAACUACACGACAGGGUGCAUCUCCUGGGGGCCCUGGAGCAUAAGGAUGUGCGUGGGGUGUUGGUCCAGGGACAUAUCUUCCUCAACACCUCCCUGACUGAGGCCUUCUGCAUGGCCAUAGUGGAGGGAGCCAGCUGUGGACUACAGGUGGUAAGUACGCGUGUUGGAGGGAUCCCAGAGGUUCUGCCUGAGCAUCUGAUCACCCUGUGCGAGCCAACCGUGCAUUCUCUGUGUGUCGGCCUGGAGAGUGUCAUCGCUAGGCAACUAUCGGGCCGCGUUGACUCCCCUGCCACCAUCCACGCCCACGUCCGCACCCUGUACACCUGGAGGAACGUCGCAGAGAGAACAGAGAAGGUAUAUGAUUGCGUCGCUGGGAAGGAGGUUCUUCCUCUGGACAGACGGCUGCUCAGACUGAGGGCCCACUGUGGCCCCGUGGCAGGCUCCAUCUUUGCCCUCUUUGCUGUUCUCGACUUCCUCUUCCUGCUCCUCCUCCGCUGGCUCCUCCCAGACCGCCUCAUAGAUAUUGCCAUGGACGCCACGGGCCCUCAGGGGUUGUGGAGGCGGGGCUUGGGCGAUAGGAAAGGAACUCGCUCUAAAAGUGCCGUCUUGACAAAGGAGGAGUCAAGUGGUCACAAGACCAAGCUCUGAUCACAACUCCAAGCAGGCACAAAUCCUUAUCCUCAAUUGUUAUAUAACUCCUGAAAAUACAGAUGUUUUUUAAAAAAAAUUUUUACUUGAUAUCUGACCGCACUACCUUAUGACCUGUGGAGACUGACCACCCGUUGCAGAAUGUUUCAGGGGAAACCCGUGUGUUUUCAAUAGGAUUGUUUGUUUUUUAAAAUUAUUUUUUUGUUUUGUUUUCCUCUAUAUAUUUAAUGUAUUAUUUCUUAAACUUUAUAUGAUCAAAAGGAUCAAUACUUUGUAGUUAUGUAUCUUUUGUAAUGUUAUUUCUUUAUUAUUUUUUAAAAUUCUUCUGAGUGGCAGAAUCAAAUCAAAUUUUAUUUGUCACAUGCGCCGAAUACAACCGGUGUAGACCUUACCGUGAAAUGCUUACUUACAAGCCCUUAACCAACAAUGCAGUUUUAAGAAAAUAAGAGUUAAGAAAAUAUUUACUAAAUAAACUGAAGUUUAAAAAAAGUAACACAAUAAAAUAACAACUAUGUACAGGGGGUACCGGUACCGAGUCAAUGUGUGGGGUUCAGGUUAGUCGAGGUAAUAUGUACAUGUAGGUAGGGGUAAAGUGACUGCAUAGAUAAUAAAUAGUGAGGGGGGGUCAAUGCAAAUAGUCCAGGUAGCCAUUUGCUUAGUUGUUCAGCAGUGGGGAUAGAAGCUGUUCAGAAGCCUUUUGGACUUGGCGCUCCGGUACUGCCUGCCAUGCGGUAGUGGAGAGAACAGUCUAGCAAACAAAUAAAUUCAUUAAAAAUCCUACAA